AUGGCGAUAGUGGGCGACUCCUUCGCUUCUGGUGAGGGAAACCCAGAUAUUCAACGAAGAGGAGAAGCAAAAGCACAAUGGCUAGAUGAGAGAUGUCAUCGCUCUGGGAAAUCAUUCGCCGCACAGGUGUUUGCAAAGAUUCAGAAAAUGAGAGAAAAUAUCUAUCUUACUUACUUGGCUUGUGCUGGAGCCACUGUGGAGAAUGGAAUCUUGAAGGCAAAGGGAGAGCCAAGCCAGCUGAACGUACUGGAGAGUAUCGCGACUAUGAGGUAAGG